ACAGGGUGCCUGUGCUGCUAAAUGCUCCAGCCUCAAAGGGACGAUGGUGGAGGGCUGGUAAAGAUGGCGGCGCUCUCCGAGGAUGGGAGGUACGGAUUAAAUUGUGGCCAACAGAGCGCAGACAGAGUCACCGUAUUACAUGUCAAAUUGACCGAGACAGCACUGAGAGCGAUAGAGAGCCACCAAAAGUGUAUGAAUGUACCUUCUUUGCGGCCAACAAUACAAUUCAAGGGACUUCAAGGGCGUAUUAAAAUUCCCAAGACGGAUUCCUCCUCUGACACCUUCCACAAUUUUGAUUUCUACCUGUCUAAUGUGGGCAAGGACAACCCUCAGGGAAGCUUUGAGUGCAUCCAUCAGUAUGUGUCCAGCUCAGGGGCCUCACACCUGGCAUUGUUGGCAACAGUACAGGACAAGGUCACAGUGUGCGCCACUAAUGACUCCUACCAGGUGACCCGCGAACGCAUGACCCAGGCCGUGGAGGACACACGUGAACGUGGGACCAAAGUCAUCAAGCCUGGGGGCCAGUACAGAGGAAAGCAAGUCCAUAUCCGUAAGCCAGCGCUAUCGGCCCCAGAGGUGGUCCCAGAGCGCAAGCGCUCUACACCCAUCAACCCAGCCAACACUAUUCGUAAGUGCCUUUCCAACAACCCCGUGUCCCAGCGGCCAUUCCGUGACCGCAUCAUCCACCUGCUGGCGCUGAGGUCCUACAAGAAGCUUGAAGUGCUUGCCCGUUUGCAGCGGGACGGUAUCAACCAGAAGGACCGAAACUCAUUGGGGACCACCCUGCAACAGGUGGCUAACCUGAACCCCAAAGACAACACAUACUCAUUGAAGGACUUUAUAUAUCGUGAUAUCCAGCGAGAUUGGCCUGGAUACUCUGAGGACGAGAAGUCCCAGGUUGACCGGAUCCUGGCUCGCAAAUUAGGUCUUCCUACUGAGACCCUCUCAUCAAACAAUUCUCCCAAAGACAGCGUCCCCACGUCCCCCCAGAAGCGUCAGCCAGACUUUGACUUCAUUGAUCCUUUGGCGCCCAAGAAAGCCCGCAUCUCCCACCUCAGCAGUCGAGGGCCAACCGCAUCUUCAUCCUCCUCUUCCUCUGACCGCCGUGAGGAUGAGGGCAGUCCCAGCUCUAAACGCUCGUCCCUACCCUCCAACGCCACCUCAGGCCCUCCCACCCAUCUCCCCAUCUCAUCCCACCCUCCUGCACCCUCUCACCAGCAACCCAGCCCAGCCUCCAACUCCAACUCCCCCAGCACCCCGGAGGGCUGUGGCACCCAGGACCUGCCCAUGGACCAGAGUUCCUCAUGCAGAGACCCAUCACCCAGCCCCUUCUCCUCUGACAGGGCCCUGCAGGACCGCUAUCGGCACCCUCUCCCUGUCCCCAGGCAAGCUGCCUCCCCCAGCCCCCCUCCACCUCCUCCUCCUCUUCUUCCUCCUCCACCUCCUCCUCCUUGCACCUCACUCACGGUUACCUCUACUGUCAUCACCAGCCCUUCUUUGUCUAGCAGUACCAACAAGAAGUUUAAAAAGAAAUCCAAGAAGCACAAAGAGAAGGAUCGAGAGAGGGAGAAAGGGAAACGUACGGCAAAAGGCAGCAGAAGUCCUCCCAGUGUAGCAGAGCAGACUGAAGAGACUCACCGAGCCAAAAAGAGGCACAGUGCUGAGGAAGAGAGCAGAGAAGUUAUCACCAAGAUUCCUCACAAAGGUCAAGAUAAAGAGAAACCGGUCCAAUCCACUGAAUUCUCCUCCACAAUUGAGAUGCCUGACUAUGCAGUGAAGUACAUGCCAUUGGUGUCCAUGGACCAGCGACAAAGUUACAAAGAUGACUUCAAUGCUGAGUAUGAUGAGUAUCGCCUGCUGCACGCCCGUGUGGAGAACAUCACCCGCCGCUUUACCCAGCUGGAUGCCCAGUGCAGGAAGCUGGCACCUGGCACCAAAGAAUACCAGAAGGUGCAAGAAGAAGUCUUGAAAGAGUACAAAAAGAUGAAACAACACAGCCCCAACUACCACGUGGAGAAACAGCGCUGCGAGUACCUGCACAACAAGUUGGCUCACAUCAAGCGGCUAAUAGCUGAUUAUGACCAGCGCAGAUCCCAGGCCUGGUGCUGAGAGCGCAGCACACAUCUUCACUAAUCAGUAUUGAGAGCGGAGUGUCGAACCAGGAGGGGGUGUCCGACUGGCUGUUAUUUAACACCCCUUCAGUUACUGCCUCCACAACAGCCCCGCCUCCCAUCUCUCUUCCUUCCCUUUUCCUUUUACCAUCAUCCUUCUUCAUUCCUUCCUUCUUUUCUGAUCUUUGAUUCCACUGGCAUCAUUGUUGCCUGCAAUCCUGAAAAUCUUACUUUGACUUCACCCCCCAUCUUUUGCUUUUUCUCUAUUUUUUUUUCUUUCCCUUCAAUGAGCUCCUGUGGAAUUUCAUACCGCUGGACCAGUGGAAGGGGCUGCCUGCAUGUGUGAAAGGGUUUGGGGAAAUACUUCAACUCUUCUAACCUUUGAAGGACUUUAUCUUCAGGCAAAAAAAAAAGAACAAAAAAAGUAUUUUUGAGCAUCACAGAAAAUAUUAACAAUGUAUUUAAAAAAAAGAGGGAGAUCUAU